AUGACAAGUGGAGAGUUGAAGGAGAUAAAGGAGGAGUUGAGAGGGAUUAGGGAGUGUUUAUUGGAGAUGACAAGGUUAUGGAAAAUGUGGCAGGAAGGAAAAGGAGGCAGAGGAAAAGAUAGAGAGAGAAGAGAGUGGAAAGAGAACGAUAAGGAGGAGAGGGAAGUGCAAGAGGAACGGAAGAUAGGACGCGAAGAGAAGAAGGAGAUAAGAGACAAGAGGAGAGAGAACGUGGACGAGCACGGGGAAAGAAGGAAGACGAAGACAGGAGAAAGGGAAGCUGACGACGAGGAAGAGAGCAGGAGGAAGCAAGAAAUGAAUGAGAAGAAGGAGAAGGGAGAAGAAGUGGAGGAGAAGAGUUCAAAGGAAGGUAAAAAGAUGGAAAAUAGAAGGCGAACAGAAGAGACAGAGAGAGUAGAAGAGCUAGAGGAGGAAAGAGUAAAAAGAUGGACGAGAAUGGAAAGAAUGGACGGUGAGAAGAAGAGGAAGUUACUGGAGAGAAGGGAGAGGAGAGGGAGAGGAGGAGAAAAGGAGAAAAUCUGA